AUGAAAGAGCCUGAAGCCGAACUUCAGGCCAGUGCCAACUUGUCCCCCGUGUCACCAUCGCCUGUCCACACCGCGGCGCCGCUUGUUGUUCCAGCACUUCAAGACACUGUCGAUAACAUUGACGCCAUGGUUGCUGCUGCUACCACUGGUGCCCCUGAGGCCCUUGUCGACAAGCCCGUUGUCGAUGCCGCCCUCGCUGAUGCCACUGACAACGACGAUGUUGUAGAUGACGACAGUUUUAACGACCCAUAUGGCGAGGAUACUGAGCCUGCCCAGCCUGCGCAGGCCCAGCCUCCGCCAGAGCCCUCAGAAGCCAACGACGAUUACGCCAAGACAUUUGACUCGCCCAUCGAACCAAACGAAGGAGGUGAACAGGACAUUGAUCAACUUGUGUCGUCAAGUCUGCAGGAAUCCAAUCCAGUUCCCAUUCCAUCCGAGCAGUUGAACGUCAGUCGAUCUUCAGAAGUUAGCCCUGCUACCGUCCAUGACCCAUCUGCAACGUCUACGCCUCCUGUUUCAAACAGCCAUCAAAAUGCCCAGCAUGAAUCUUCAGCCAACCUUCCUGUCCCAGCACCAUCAGACCAUAAAGAGGAUGGCCAGCAAGACCAGAACCAAGACAAAGACCAAGGAGCCCAGCCUAAGCCCACAGAUGGUCCAGAUCCCGCUGCUACGGAGUCGCAAAGUUCUUCAUCGCUUGAUAUCCAGAAACUUGUGGCUGACCUCACUGCCCAACCUACUGAAUCCAAUGCCGACUCUGAUCCAUCUCCUGCUUCGCCGGCACAGGCUGAACCGCCCACGGGUUCUGCGUCUCUGUCGUCCUCGACUACAUUGCCAUCUACUUCCUCCCUUCCCCCAAGGCCUCCCCAACCGCACUCCACUUCCCCAUUGUAUGCCUCACAGCAUCAUCCCGCUGGAGCUAAUCCUAAUGCAACCGCAGCUGUCGUUGCUCAACCAAACACUGGUCAAGCGCCAUCAUAUCACAUCGGCAGUGCUGCAGGAACCUCCACAGACCCCGUGGCCAGUCUUCCCCUCCCCCCUGCCAGCGGCCUGAAUGUUUCGCCGUAUUCAACCCAGACAGCACCUGGGUACUCCGCGGAUCAGGGUCGUGAUGUAGAGUACCAACGCCAAUGGGACCAGUUCAUGGCUGACGAGAGACAAUACAUGUCUGAGGCUAAGUGGGAUCGAUUUCCUGAAGGAUCCCGCAUCUUUAUUGGUAGGCCAUCUUUCAACCUGAUCCACCACUUGGAAUGUUUGCUGACUUUGCUUUCUUCCCCGACAGGCAACCUCUCAAGUGAUAAGGUUUCUAAACGCGACGUGUUUGAAUUAUUCCAUAGAUAUGGUAGACUUGCACAAAUCUCUUUGAAGUCCGCAUACGGAUUUGUGCAGUAUCACACCAUCGAAGAAGGUCAAAGGGCAAUGGACAACCUGCAGGGAAUCGAGAUCAAGGGUCGUCGCAUACAUCUUGAAAUAUCUCGCGUACAGGACAAGUCAAAGAAAGACCGCAACCGAAGCCCAGACAGAGGUCGCGGCCGUGAGAAUGGGCGGAGAGGGGAUAAACACGGCCGAGAUGAUUAUCGUCCCGGUAGAAAUCACUCACCUCGUCGGAACGAUUACCACUCUCGUGACGACAGUUUCGGAGGGAGAGACCGUGGCUACAGCGACUCUAGUCGUGGCGGCCGAGGACGGUCCCGAUCGCCCCCGUAUGGGCGCAGUGAUCGUGAUCCCUAUCGGAGACGAAGCCCGAGCCCACAUGGACGGCCUCGUAAUGAACCUGACCUUGAUAUUCCACGAAGAUACGGCGCCGAUGUGCCAGAUGUGCAAAUUAUCUUGCAGCCCGAUGUCAAUCGCGAUUUCGUAAACUGGGUUGAGGGGGCCUUCAAGGUCAAGGGCCUGAAGACGCAGGUUAUGUACUUGCAUCCUCGCUUUCCCAAGGAUCAAGUCAUUCAGCGACAAGCAGCAGAAGGUGUACACGGUGUUGUGGACUUGGAUAUCCGUGCUCAGAAUCUCGCCAGAGUCCCUGUGCAGGUGUUCGACCGCUCUGCUGGAAGCAACAAUGUGCGCUUUGAUCAAUACGUGGACCUUGACCCCGGCACUGCAGCAGAGGUGAUUCUACGCGCCAAGUCGAGUGCCGCAGCCGCAAACUACAACCAAGGCUAUGGCAGCAAUGGAGCAUAUCAGAACCCCUACGGCACACAGCAUCAGCAGCCUGCUUAUGGGGGAGGUCAACAGCCAACUGCGUACCCUCUACAGCCACAGCAACCACCCACAACUUCAGCCGCUGAUAUUGCCAGCCUAAUGGGACAUGUUGAUAACGCUACACUUCAGCGACUGCUAUCAACGAUUCAGGGCCAGUCAGCAGCGCCUCCAGCGGCUGGGAGCUACCCUCACCCUGCGGUCGGUGGUGCCCACACAACUCACAACCCUACAGUCGACAUCCAAGCUAUAUUGGGGAGCUUAAGCGGUACAAAACCCCAACAUGCACCUUCACAAACACCAUAUGGGGCCCCUUACGGAGGUCAGCCGCCAAAUGGAAGCAGCAAUCAAGGUGCAACUGGGAACAAUGGAGAUGCUGCCAGCCAGGUACAAAAUAUUAUGGCACAGCUCGCCCGCUAUAGACAGUGA